UGUUUACGUUUAUCCAACAACAUGGAGGACGAGGUGGAUGUUGACAUCGAAGGAGACGAGUCUGGAAGCAGUUUAAAUGAGCUGGACGCAGGUUUAGUUCAGGAACAGUUCUUGCAGUCUGCGUGGACGAGCAGCGCAGGAAUUCUGCCGUGGGAGCUGGACAGCUCCAUUAGUCCUGAGAACCGAGAGGUGAUACAGAGAAUGCUGCUGGAGGAGCAAUACUACCUGACAGGUAAAGAGAUUCCUAGUCAAGUUUGGGAAAGUGCUGCAAGCAACAAGCCCAAAGUGAAGAAUUCUUUGACCAAAACCCCAGCCACAACCUCAGCAUCGUCUUCUCGUUGGUCCAAACAAGAGAAAGAUCGGUUUGAAGAAGGACUGGCUCAGUUUGGACGAAGGUGGACUAAGAUUGCCAAAUUGGUGGAAAGCCGUACCGUCCUUCAGGUCAAGAGCUACGCCAGACAGUAUUUUAAACACAAGGGUAAAUCAGAGCCUAGAUCUGCAGCUCUCCCUGCAGGACCCGUGUUGCAGUCUCCGCAGCCCACAUCCAGUCAUGCAUCCACUACAGACAACACCAUCCGCAUAGAGAAGCUCUCUGAUGGUGAGGAUGAGGAUGUAGACAUCACAGAUGAUCUGAGUGAUGAUGAAGAUACCGAAGAGAAAUUGCAGGCUUGGAACGAAACUGAACCAGAGCAGCAAACAAACCCAGAGACCCAGACAGAAAAUCUCACAGGAGAGCAGGAAGAGGAAGUUCAUGGUGGGCAGGAGACAAAAGACUCAUACAGUCUCAACAUCUCUCCACCUCCACAAACUCCUCAGCCUUCAUCGUCAGUCCCUUCCACAGAGGAGCAUGCUGACACUAAGGAAGAUGAGACAGUGUUGUCUCUCAAAAAAAGCCCUCAAUCAGAAACUAUGACAGAAUCAAAGCAAAUGAGUGAUGAACAUGAGGACCAGAGCUCCCAUUUCAAGAGUCAGUUGAAAGACACCUCUGGUGAUGAGAUGGGUUCGGCUGAUAAGAUUGAGCAGAUUUUAAAUCUAAACUCAGAAGUCGACCUGGAUGAGAGGGAGGAGAACAUGGAUGAAGAUGAGGAGGAAGAGGAAGAGGAAGAGCUCAAGAUACCUAAACAGGAAAUUGAGUUGGACAAGGAGACCAUCACUGAGGAUGAGAAACAAGCCAUUCCAGAGUUCUUUGAGGGACGACCCUCCAAGACCCCAGAGAGAUAUUUGAAGAUCAGAAACUACAUCCUGGAUCAGUGGUUAAAGAGCAAGCCUAAGUAUCUGAACAAGACAUCUGUUCGCCCAGGCCUGAAGAACUGUGGAGACGUCAACUGCAUUGGGAGAAUACACACCUAUCUGGAGCUCAUUGGAGCCAUCAAUUUCAACUGUGAGCAAGCGGUGUACAAUCGCCCAUUGCUGGUGGAUCGCUCCAAGCAUAAGGAAGGCAAAGAUGUGCUUGAGGCCUAUCAGCUCGCUCAGAGACUGCAGAGCAUGCGGACCAGGAAGCGUCGUGUGAGAGACGUAUGGGGUAAUUGGUGUGAUGCCAAAGACUUGGAGGGACAGACUUAUCAGCAUCUCAGUGCUGAGGAACUUGCUCUGAGGAGAGAGGAGAUGAAAAGGCAGCCUAAACCCAGCAAGUUGUCCAGAUACAGAGGGUCAUUUGAUCCCUUCCAGCUGAUUCCCUGCAGGUAUUUUGGAGACGAUGUACAGGAACCAUUCCAGGUUAUUGUGUGUGCAGAGACUCUUCUCAUCAUGGACAUGCAUGCCCAUGUAUCCCGGGGGGAAGUUAUUGGUCUGCUGGGAGGGACUUUUAAUGAGGAAGACAAAGUAUUGAAGAUCUGUGCAGCAGAGCCUUGUAAUAGUGUAAGUACAGGUUUGCAGUGUGAGAUGGACCCUGUGUCUCAAACACAAGCCUGUGAUAUACUUUCGUCCCUGGGUUAUAGUGUGGUGGGCUGGUACCACUCACACCCGUCCUUCCACCCCAACCCUUCAGUGCGGGAUAUAACUACACAGGACCAGUUCCAGAGUUAUUUCUCACGAGGCGGAGCGCCCUUUAUUGGUAUGAUAGUGAGCCCAUAUGACCCCGCAAAUCCAUCCCCACACUCUCAAACCACCUGUUUGUUGGUGAAGGAGAGCCAGGAGCCAUCAGGACCCCAGAAGCUGCCCUUCAGAUUUGACUUCCUGUCAUCACAAGACAUCCCAGACUGGGAACAAACAAUGAGGAGAGCUCAGUGGAUCAUCCACAAAUACUCUGAAACACACGGGAGUGUGCAGAUGGACAGACUUUUUCGGAAAGACUCUCAUCUCACCUGUUUAGAGAAGAUGCUGUCAUCUCUUGCCAGGUACCUGGAGCCCCUGCCAGAUGAGGAGGGAGACCCCUUCCUUACCCAGAUCCAGGCCCUUUUCCAGUCAGACUUUAUUGCCAAACAGCAGCAGGAAGAGGCAGAGUCUUUAGAUACCUCACCAAGAGCAGUGGAUUCAGAUGACUUUGCUUUUGAUCAGCUGGACAACCAGGACAUGCCCCAGGAAGAAGGAGGAAGAAACCCUGAUCAGGAUCCUGGCAGAGCUUCAGGCAACAGUGCACAACCAGUCACAGACACACCCUCAGAGACAAACAGCAACACAGUGUUACACCUGGGCUCAGUGUUAUCGUCUGAACAUAACUAUCUACUGUGAUGGACCAAACGUUUCUUACUUGUACUAUACAAUAGUCAAAGUAUAGACUUUUAUGUGUAAACUGCACAGCUUUGUAUCAGCAUCACAAACUAUUCUUUAUUUUUUUAAAUAAUAUUUUAUAUUAGAAUCAGAUUGUGUAUGUAGAAUUCAUAUUAAAGUCUUCUAAACAAAAAGCCAGUGACUGAC